AUGCUUUUUAUAUUGAUCGGUUCUGUCUUUGCGUGUCUCGCAAUAAGUUUCCAAGUCGAUUUGCCUGAUUUUAAUUGUAAUGUAGGCGGAAUAGUUAAAAAGGAUUGGGAGCCACUACGUGAUUUAUUUCAGCAAAAUUUCCAAGAUAACGUCGAUUUAGGUGCGUCUUUAGCUUUUUACUACCGAAAAAAACUGGUUGUGAAUUUAUGGGGUGGGUGGUUUGACAAACAGAAAACGGAACCCUAUGAUAAUAAUACACUACAACUCGUAUUUUCAACAUCAAAAGGCCUGGUAGCGAUGGCUAUCGCUCUUUGUGUACAACGUGGUUUAUUGAACUAUACUGAUAAGGUUAUCAAAUAUUGGCCAGAGUACGGACAGAAUGGCAAGGAAAAUACAACAGUAGCCGACAUCAUGUCCCAUAGAGCUGGAUUACCAGCAUUAAGAAAUAGUAAUAUGUCAAUUCGCGAAUAUUUAGAUUGGUAUUCAGUGAUUUAUAAAUUGGAAAAGCAAGAGCCAUAUUGGGUACCGGGUACCCAACGUGGUUAUCAUGCAUACACUUAUGGAUGGUUAGCUGGAGAACUUGUUCGACGUGUUGAUAUAAAAAAAAAGAACUUUAGGACAAUUCAUCACAGAUGA